AUGAACAUAAUUUCCUACAUUUCGCUACCGAGCCCUUUUACAGGAACGUCACGGUCCGAUUUGGGUGGUGUUCUAUUCCAAUAUGAAAAUCUUGUAUCGGUGCUCGGCUACUUUUCCGAGAUUAUUAGCGAUUACUCCGCCGAAAAGGGCGUGUGUAUUCUCAUAGAUGGUCGAAAAAUGUCACCGAAAGCGCUGAAAAAUGUGUUGAGAGCUUGCCAGCAAGCAUUUUAUCACCGAAUACGUAUGGCGAUCAUCGUUCAACCGGAUAAAUUCUUUCACCAGCAAAAAAUCAAUUUCGAUCUCAUCAUGGAAGGAUAUGAAUUUCGGACACUUCUUGUAUCUCUGCAUAAAUUAUCCAAAUAUAUUGACAUCUCACAACUACCGGAAAUCUUUGGUGGAACAUUCACUUACGACGCGGAGAAAUGGUGUGAUGAACGAGAGAGGAUAGAGGCCAUGAUGGCUGAGCUGAACAGUCUUUCACAAGACGUUAUUCAAGCAAAUGGGCGAUUUCAGGUCUCACCCGAUGAUCCAAUUAUUGCUGCAGGACGUCGAUUAAUAGCAGAUCUGAGAAAGUCUGGAAAUGUUCACCAUGAUGUCGCAGCGAAAGCACUGAAGAGUAAAAUCAAUGAAAUUGAA